UGUUAACUAGCAUGAGGUGUAGAGGAGGUGACGCUAGAGAGAUAUGUGUAGUUGAGAGAGGAGGAGGAGCGGCCGGGGCGAGGGAGACUUGGCAGAGGUGCAUCAGCUGGUGCAGUGAGCCAGUGGUCCGUGUGAGGCGGCGGCGGCCUCCUUGUAUUUUGGUCCCUGACACCCCGUGUAGUGGUCCCGGCGUGGUCCCUGGCCACUCCUCUGGCCUCAGUGAUCCACCCUAGUGGUCCACCUCAGCGGUCCACCCCCAGCGGUCCAUCCCAGUGGUCCACCCCAGUGGUCCACCUCAGACCCCCAGUGGUCCAUCUCUGGCCCCAGUGGUCCACCCCAGCGGUCCACCCCAGUGGUCCACCCCAGCGGUCCACCCCAGUGGUCCACCCCAGAGGUCCACCCCAGACCCCCAGCGGUCCAUCUCAGACCCCCAGUGGUCCAUCUCUGGCCCCAGCGGUCCACCCCAGCAGUCCACCCCAGCGGUCCACCCCACAGUCCACCCCAGCGGUCCACCUCGGCAGUCCACCUCGGCAGUCCACCUCGGCAGUCCACCCCGGCGGUCCACCCCAGCGGUCCACCCCAGCGGUCCACCCCAACGGUCAUGGCUGAGACGUACGACACGGUGACCUCAGAGGUGCAUCACUUCUCCAAGGAGGAGAGUCUGGACCCUUCACGAGGAGGCAAGGAGAAGUUUGGCCACAAUGAGGUAUCAAAGUUGCACCAGAUGGCAGAAACCUCAAGAGGCUGCAGGCAUGUGUCUCGAGAGGCUACCACACCACAAGACGACGAGGAGGAGGAGGAGGAGGAGUUUGAAUGUUUAUUGGGAGCUAAUGGCCAAGUGGUUCUUUGGAGCUCAAGAAGGGAAACUGUGCUUUCAAGAUUUGAUUUUGUGUACCCACCAUAUAUGGUGGUGGACAAGAUUCCCAUCCUAUCACCUGUCAUAGACUCUGAUGGAGAUCUUCAAGUCACCAGGAAGAAGGACCUUGACAAAAAAGAAGGCGUCGUGCUCAUUGAGCAAAACCUCUUCAUUCCAAAAGAAAGAGAACACCAGAGUGCUACGACCCUCGACCUGGUGGGUGAGCAAGUGUGGCGUGGAGCCCUGUUCAUGGCGGAUUUUAUUCUUAACAAUCCAGACAUCUUCAGAGACGCACACAUUCUGGAGGUGGCUUCAGGAGUUGGUCUCACCUCUAUAGUGGCUGCCAUGCUAGCCAAGCAAGUCAUUAUCUCAGAUAUUGAUCGCGGUGACAUAUUGGAACUCAUUGAUCGCAACAUCAAAAGGAAUACGGAUCUGUUGAAGGCCAGUGUAGAAGUGAAGGAGAUUGACUUCUUUAAUCAUGCCACAAUUGACGAGAUAAUGGAUGUGAAAAAAAGUGUCUCGAUCCUUCUGGCUGCUGAUGUGGUGUACCAUGACCAGCUAACUGAUGCCUUCUUCAGAACAAUCCUUCGUCUGAUGAGUGACCCACCAAACAAAAGCUUGUAUGUUGCUCUUGAAAAGAGAUUUGUCUUCACCCAAGAGGACAUGGACACCGUAGCUCCAUGUUAUGAGCACUUCCUGCAGGGCCUCGAGUGGCUGGCUUCUCAGAAUCUCUCUCAGAUUGACUGGACGAUGGAGCAGCUCUCCACUGACUUUGAGCAGUACUUCACCUAUGAGCGCACAAGACACUUAGUCUUGUGGAAGAUCCAGGCCACACUCAAGUGACGUAAAAUAUCUCCUAGUGUGACAUAAUAUUUUCAUAUUCAAGAGUGUAGCCUUGAGUCUCUCUCUACUGAUGGAGAUUGAGUAUUUGGCAAAGUAUUUGAUGCUAUCCGAGAUUUAAAUGUUUUCCUGGGUAAUAAUUUUUUAAGUUUUGCAAAGUGCAGCCCUGGCAGAAUGAUACAUCUUAUGGACAUAUAUAUAUAUAUAAUAAACAAACACUGUAAUAUGAUGAAGUAUUGAUGACUUUUUCAAUGCUGAUUUGACAUUGAGUACAUUCUUGUUAGAUUUGCAUUGAAUGUAUAAUUAUAUCGAGUUGCUCAUUAAGAAUUUACAUACUGUACUAGAGAACUUUUAAUAGUUUACGACAAAUUUCCCAAUGUGGAGAAUUUUAUGAAUGUACUUUUGCUGUGGUGUUGUCACUUGUGUCACAGAGGUCUGUGGGCACUCUUGAUAGGUAACAUUUUAGUUGUAAAAUACUCAUAUCAACCAAUAUUUUAACUAUGUAGAAGUACAGGCAGUUCCCCAACUAUGAACAAGUUACAUUCUGAGAAAGUGUGUGUGUAAAGCAGUUGUUUGGGACACGGAGAUUUUCCAUAGAUGCAAUGCUAUUAAAUGGGAAAUGCAUUUCGGGGUCACCAAAAACCUUUGUAAAAUCAAAAUUUUUCGGACAUAUAAAAAGGGAAGUGAUGCAGGAUCGGAGGAGGGUGGCGAUUCAUCCAUGGCAGAGGGUGGCUGAUCAUUUUCAGUGUCAUUGGCUAUGAUUGAUGUGGGAGAUAAUGGGUUGGUGGCAAACACCUGUGGGUCAUCAUCAUUGUCACUAGCUGCUGCCUAAGUUGAUGGUUUUGGGUCAGACUUUUUCUUAAAGAAUAUUGAGGCAAUUAAUAGUGACUUUUUGAGAGGCUGGGCUAGAGACUUUGUUAGGAAAUAUUUUCUCAAAGUAGUUUGCACAACUAUCUUCUUUUCCAGGUAAAUUUGCUUGUAAGGUGCAAGGCUAUUAAAUAUAAUUUUUGAAACUUUUGAUAUCUCAGCAUUGUUGUCUUGCUCUUCCAAAAUUGCCAAACCAUCAUAUAUGAGAGCUUAAAUGCCUCUGCUAGUCUCUUGGCUAACUUCAUCUCUGGGUUGACAAGGUACUGGCUUGCCUUUUCCUUGGCACUGGUGCAUUAUCAACACUCUUCGUCUUCCUAUCGGCCAUUGUUAAUGGUAUUUUCCAAAGAAAGUACAGCACCGGCUAGUCUGGGUGCAAGAAAAUGUUGACUGAGGCAGCAUGGGUUUCACAGAAGUCACAUCUUGCACACAGUGGUUCACCAACGUAUUAUAAAAGCUAGCUAAUCGAUCUCGGCCAAACCUAAUCUUAACCAAACAAACCUAAUCUAACCUAUAUGAGGCUAAUAUGGCAUAAUCAAAGUUAAUACAUUCUAACAAAAUGAUAUACUUUAUAUAUAUAUAUACAAUACUGUAUAUAGUGUUGACAAUUGGAAAAUAAGCUGUCGAAAAGUGUUGAGUAUGACUUGACAAUACCCAACAGCUGUUUUGUACAAUACAAUACAGUACUGUACAGUACUCCACCUGCCACGGGAAUGUGUUAGCACACUGCCGCAAAAUUCAAAGGGAGGAUUCUGGAAAGUUUGUACAAUGAUUUUAUGCAUGAAGUGGGUACAGGGGGGUCCUGAGAGAAUGUUAGUAAAGUGGGAAUUCCCUGUACAGUAUAUAAUUUUGUCAUACAAAAUAUUCUUAAAAUGCAUUUAUAAUGUAAAAUAUCAAAUAAUGCAAUAUCAGUACUACAUGUACUUAUUUUGUAUUGCCAUGUGCUUUAAAAACAGCAAGAUUUUCCUUGGGUUAAAGGUGUUGUGUGUGUGUAUGAUGCCUGUCAUUACGUUAGUUGUACAGUACUUUAAAAGUAUCUGUAGCCAGUAUUUAUUUUAUAAUUUUACUGUUAUACAGUAGUAGAAGUAUUAUGGUGCUAAGAUAUCUGCCAGUAUUUGGCACUUAUUUGUGGGAUUUAUGGGGAACUAGACAACAAAAUUUAUUAUGUUGCCUGUAUAAAGUUCACUGAAUAUUUAUGUUAAGGGUACAUAGCCUUCCCAAUUUGGUGCCUUCUUUUGAUAAUUAGUUACUUAUUGACUUAUGUUAAGGGUCUUGAUUGAGUUAACAAAGAUCAAAUAUAAAACAUUGAGAUUAUGAUAAAAUUUUUGUUUGACAAAUGCUGUUCAAUAGAAACUGAAAAUAUUUGCACCAGCUCACUUGAAAAUGGAGAAACAAAUUAUUAACCCCCAAAAGAAUAUGGCAAAAAAUGCUGCUUGUUUCAGUGUUAUAUUGCAAAUUAAUUAUUCAGGCUUAUUUAAGAGUUUAUAUUUUAAUUUGAUCGUGCUCUUUAAUAAUAAAUUAUUUAAAUGUCAUAUGUCCUGUGAAUUUUAGUGAGAUUAUUUGUUAUAUAUAACAAUAUACAGUAUAUAUAAAAGUUGAGUGAUAGCUAAAAUGAAAUAUGGUGCAUUAUGCCAAAGUCAAAUACUGAAUAUUAAUAAAAAUUGUGUUUACCUGCAUUUAAAGUAACAUUGGAAAAAAUGUUGAGAAUUGCAUGAUAAGUAAAGAAUCUUUGUUGAAUUAAUGCAAACAUAAGAAAGGAGUUUGAGAGUUUUCAUCCUCUGAAAAAUAAUUGUUUUGGUGAGAAUAUCUUGAGAAUUUUAUUUAGUGAUGCUUAAUUUUACAUUGCAGUGAUCAAAUAUCAUGCAUUUUGCCUGAAAAAUUAAAAACAAAUUUGCAACUGAGGCCUUCCUUCCCAUAUGUCCCACUGCUGACUGUAAUAUAUAAACAAACGCACAUUGGGGAAGAGGGAUGCAUUCAAAUAUUACGAGAAAAAGCUCAUAAUUUUUUUUGAUAUCAAAACUCCACUACAACAUUGUCAAAAUGUAUAAUUUUCCCAAUUUUUUUUUACCGAUUGUUUCAAACAUUUUUUGUAAAAAGAAAAAAAAAAGUGUUGAGGAUCCUUUAAACUUGCAAAGGUCAAAGGUCAAAUAUGCAGCUCAAAGUGUAUAUAUUUAUUUUCCUCCUUGGAAGGAUGUAUGGUUUUGGUUUUACUAGCCACUGUUCAGUACAGUACAGAGAAAAGGUAUAUUUCAAUAAACCGACAUACAAGUAUUUCAAUUUUUAUGUUUUCAAGGCGCAUGACCUUGGACUUAUAGAGUACAAAUAUAUUUUUGUGAAGCAUUUAUUGUACUUGUGUUCAUUUAUCUCUAAUUUGAUUUACAAUUACUUGUCAUCUCUAUGGGCACCACGUGUGGCAUCUCUCUUGUAUGGAGCUGUACAGCUAAUGUUAAAUUUGUUCCAAGUAUUCUAAGGACCGACCAUAUCCAAACUGCUUAUUAAGCUGUCAUCUCUUCUUGUUGCAGGAAAUUAUUGUUGGUCUUUAAUAAUUAGGUUUCAAAGUUGCUUGUAGACACCAUACUUAAAAUUACUUGCCAGUUUUGAUACCGAGACAUUGUUUUCUGCAAGACAUUGUUUUUAUUUGGGACAAUAUAAUAUUGUCUUUACUAUUGUAUUCUUUAGUUCAAUAUCUUAGUUGCAUGAAUGGAUGUUGGUCCACAGUGGUGCCAAAUUUAGUUAAGUUUUCUGGCCUGCACACCGUCUCCCUACUGUCAUUUGCUUUUGUGUGUGUGUGUCUGGUGAGUGAAGAUUCAUUUGGCAGUAGCCAAGAUAUUGUUGAGUUUAUGGAAAGAAAUUAAAAGAAAUCGAGAAAGCUAAAUUUUGAUUGAAAAUGCCUUAUUUUCAAGAAGUGUGCCUUUUUAAACUAUGACAAUUUUUACCAACUCUAAUUCUGUUUAACUUUGUUUCAAUAUGUAUUAAAUUUUCCAUUAUUAAUUUGUCAAAAAUAUAAUCUUCAGUUUAGUUUUGAUGAUUAGAGGGUCCCCUUACUGUACUUUUGUUUAUUCAAUAAAAUUGAUGAAUUUA